GUGCCCCGCACAGGGAACCCCGGCAGGCACGGUCGCACGGCAUCAUCCCGCCAGAAGCCAGGAUACCGUGCCGCAAAAAAGGAAGAAAGCGAAUGCCUUCCGCUGUUUCCACGCCGCCAGGCCCAGGAGCCCCAGUAAUUCCACCGACAUCGCCGCACCGACGACACCGCCUCCUUCCUUUUUUUCUUUCUUUUACCAUCUGAAGCCCUGCCCCUACAUUAUUAAUCCCCGUCGAGCCACGACGCGACGAGUGCCACACUUUUGACCCCUGCCGCUUUGUUCCGCUGCGCUGCGUGCGCCCCAGCGCCAGGCGGCGCGGAGGAAGGCGGACGCAGCAGAAAAACCCUGGGUGAGACUCGGGCGCCCACGCCACAUAUUCACAUCCCCGCAUCCGCCAUGGACCUCAAGGAGCGGAUCCGCCGCUCGCCGCAGGAAGACGGGGGAGCGCUCGGGUCGUCGUUGGCGGCGGCGGCAUCGCCGCGCGGGAGGAAGGCCGCCGCAGGGGCGGAGACGACGACGGCGGCGGCGGUCGUCGCGUGCGUCCUCCUCCUCCUCCUGCUCGCGGGGUGCUCCGCGGCGCGGAGGGGCCGUGGGUUCCUCGACGACGCCGACUCCUCCUCCGGGCUCUCUGACGCCGAUGAUCUGCGCCUUCUUCGUCGUCCUCGAGAUGAUGAUGGCACUACAGGAUCUGCGGAAGUUGUCAAGGACAAACUACUUGGUGGCUUGUUGGUUCCUGGUUUUGAUGAAGAAUCUUGCCUAAGUAGAUACCAAUCAGUAUUGUAUCGUAAAACAUCUUCCCACUUUCCUUCUGCCUACCUUCUGGAAAGAUUACGGGAACAUGAGGCUCUGCAGAAAAAGUGUGGUCCACAUACUGAACUAUACAAGGAAGCCGUUGAGCAGCUUAACUCUGGUCAGGCUGUUAAGGUUAUGGGCUGCAACUAUUUGGUAUGGAUAGCAUACAGUGGACUGGGGAACAGGAUCUUAACAAUUGCCUCGGCAUUUCUCUAUGCCAUCCUUACAAACAGAGUCUUACUUGUUGAUGGAGAUAAUGGCACUGCGGAUCUUUUAUGUGAACCAUUUCUUGGAACUUCAUGGCUCUUACCGUCAGAUUUCCCUAUGAAGCAGUUCAAAAACUUCAGUAUUGAUUCUCCUGAUAGUUAUGGAAAGAUGCUAAAAAAUAAAGCUAUUCAUUCUAACCCUGCUUUUCUCUAUCUUCAUUUGGCUCAUGACUAUGGCCAUCAUGAUAAGCUUUUUUUCUGUGAAGACAAUCAGCAAUAUCUUCAAACAAUCCCAUGGCUGUUCCUUAAAUCAGACAAUUAUUUUGUACCUUCACUUUUCCUGAUCCCAGCAUACCAAGAGGAACUCACAAGGCUUUUUCCUCAGAAAGAUGUUGUUUUCCAUCACUUGGGACGUUACUUGUUUCACCCUAGCAAUGUCGUCUGGGGCAUGAUUACAAGAUACUAUGAUUCUUAUCUUGCUAGAGCUGAUGAAAAGUUGGGUAUCCAAAUCAGAGUCUUUGAUACUGAAACCGGACCAUUUCAGCAUGUCCUUGAUCAGGUCCUUGCAUGCACGCUGAAGGAACACCUGUUGCCAGAGGUUCAUACUCAACAGCCAAUUGUCUCACAAAGGAAUGCCAGACUGAAAGUUGUUCUAAUUACUUCUUUAAACUCAGGAUACUAUGAAAAAUUCAGAAACAUGUACUGGGAACAUCCAACCACGAAUGGUGAGGUAAUUAGCUUCCACCAGCCAAGUCAUGAGGAACAUCAGAAGUCAGACAGAAAAAUGCAUAACAUGAAAGCGUGGGCAGAGAUUUAUCUGUUGAGCUUAUCUGAUGUUAUGGUCACUAGUGCAUGGUCAACUUUUGGGUAUGUUGCCCAGGGUCUCAGUGGUUUGAAGCCAUGGCUUCUGUUCAAGCCUGAAAACCACACUGCCCCUGAUCCACCUUGCCGUCAAGUUUUGUCCAUGGAACCGUGCUUUCAUGCUCCACCUUUCUAUGAUUGCAAAGCUAAGAGGGGAGCUGAUACGGGAAAAAUUGUUCCGCAUGUAAGACAUUGUGAAGAUAUGAGCUGGGGGCUUAAGCUAGUUGAUCAGAGUGAGUUGUAGGUGUGGUGCGUAUUUUCUAUCCCAUUCCUAUAUGUACAGUACAAUCCACAAAAUGUGUAGUUUCAUGGUAUAGAUUCAACUCUGUUUCUUGUUGUUAUACAACAGCAAAGCCUUUCCUGACUUGGGUAAUAUGGAUGCUUUGGCAUGAACUUCUGAAUGCAUGCUAUGCUCAAUUUUAGUGUAA